AAUUAUUGUAACUCAAACUAUUUUAAAUUAUUUUUUAUAUUUAAAUUUCCAUUUCUCCGAAUUUUACCUAACACGUGUUGAUGUUCAUGUUCGGACACUCCUAGGUAGUUUUAGAUUUAGUUCUUCUUUCCAACACUCCCAGUUAGGGUUUUGUAAUAAUGGAUUACAACCGCGACGGCAACGUCGUUCAAAUCAUCACCGGCGGCGGCGGCGGUGCUGAUAGCUGGUCGAGUGACCAAGCAGAUUGGGCGACGGAAGACGAGUAUCGCUACUGGAACGGAAACGAAGCCGGCGAAACCACUCCGUCAUCGAACUCCAAUUGCGAGCGUCAACAGCGUUCGGGAAGCGAGCCGCCGAACAAGAAAUCGAGAAGCAGUUCGCAAGACGGAGGAAAUGGCGGCGGCGGAGGCGGAUCCAAUCGAGCGAAAGCGAUCGGGAAGAUGUUCUUCAAGACGAAACUGUGCUGCAAGUUUCGAGUUGGGACUUGUCCUUACGUAACGAACUGUAAUUUUGCUCACAGUGUUGAGGAGCUUCGUCGGCCGCCGGCGAAUUGGCAGGAGAUUGUGGCGGCGCAUGAGGAGGAGAGGAACGUGCUGGAGCAGCCGAGGGAGGAGUUUCAGAUUCCGACGGUUGGGUCGAGUACUUUUGUUGGGGAGAGUAUGAAUAAUAGGUCGUAUAAGGGUAGGCAUUGUAAGAAGUUUUAUACGGAGGAAGGGUGUCCUUAUGGAGAUAGUUGUACUUUUCUUCAUGAUGAGCAGUCGAAGAAUCGCGAGAGUGUUGCGAUAAGUUUGGGUCCUGGUGGUUAUGGUGGUGGAGGUGGUGGUGGUGGUGGUGGAGGUAGUGCUGGUAGUGGCGGGGUUAGUGGGAGUGGUGUUGUUGUUGUUGCGGCGGGUGCUGCGGCGGCUGGGAAUGGACCGAAUUUGAAGCCUUCGAAUUGGAAAACUAGGAUUUGUAAUAAGUGGGAGAUGACUGGGUAUUGCCCAUUUGGUAACAAAUGCCAUUUUGCUCAUGGUGCUACAGAGUUACACAGAUAUGGAGGUGGGCUUAUGGAAGGAGAAAUCAGAGACGGUGUUUCUGUUGUUGCCUCUGAUGCAAAACAGGGAGUAUCUUCAAAAAAUCACGCUGAUAAUGUGGUUGCAUCAACUCCACCUAUAGCUCAUUCAGAUGUUUAUCAUAUUGGAGUCCCUUCACAGAGACCUUCCAUUGUGAGUCAGCAGCCAGGACAGAGAGCUCAUCAUAAGUGGAAAGGUCCAGAUAAAAUCAGUAGGAUAUACGGCGAUUGGAUCGACGACUUCGACUAGAGGUAUAAUAACUUAUAUUCCCAAUCUUGGAAACAUGGAAAAUUGGGGGCUUAUGUAAUCACCAUGUUGCUGAAUAAGCUAUGAACAUCAUUCCCAUCUUGUUAUAUUAUCUAUGUCUUGUGAUCCGUAGCUUCCAGCACUUGUAGCACUUUGUUCGAUUUGCAGAUUAUUGUUCUGUGCACUUACGUUUGGUGAAGGAUUCAUCUUUCUUUUCAAGUUUUUGUUUCAGUUCUGAAUGUAACAACGGCUUCCUUGUUUGUGCAUCAGACUGCGAUGCGUCCAUAAUUGUUCUUCAGUUAGCUCAUGUUCUAUCUCUGUUACCUCAUGUUGGAUGUAUGAAAUCACAUUCUUUUGUUUGGAUUUUGACUGUUAUAGAAUAUGAUGGAACUUAUUUGUAUGUCCAUCCAUUUCCUUCAUCCAAUCUGGAGGUAUGCAGUGAAAUGGAACUUAUUGAUUAAAUAAUUAAGCUUAUACCCCUAUUUUUCA